GACAAGUUCAAGUCGCGGAGUGGCAAAGCCAACAAAGUGCGUUCAGAUAAACGCGUUUGGGGAAGGUCGAGUCAUCAUUUAGCAGACCGCAGCUUUAAUGCAGGACUUGUUUCGGGCUGAAAGCUAGAAGCAACCUCGCACGGUAGAGUAGUGCAUGCCGGCCGCGUUGGUCACGCCAGAGCCCAGAGCCCCCGCUGAAACUCCGCCGAAGCCCCAGACAUGAAGAAGGUCGCGGUCUUCCUGGUUGUGUUGCUCGGGGUCGCACACUUCACAGCGCUCAGCCGAUGCGAGGAGGACGCAGAAGAUCUCGGUGCAAAGGAGGAAGGGGGUGAUGUUGAAGAAGAAGAAGAAGAAGAUGAUGAUGAUGAUGAUAGCACUGAAGUCAAAGAUGAGAAUGGUGUGCUGGUUCUCACUGAUGGCAACUUUGACACGUUCAUGGAAGGCAAAGACACUGUGCUGGUGGAGUUCUAUGCACCAUGGUGUGGCCACUGCAAGCAGUUUGCCCCUGAGUAUGAGAAAAUUGCACAGACACUGAAGGAGAGUGAUCCACCGGUCCCCGUGGCAAAAGUGGAUGCUACCAAGUCUAGUGUCCUUGCAAGUAGAUUUGAGGUAUCUGGAUAUCCUACCAUCAAAAUCUUGAAAAAGGGAGAGCCAGUGGAUUAUGAUGGAGACCGAAAUGAAAAAGCAAUCAUUGAGCGAGUAAAAGAAGUCGCAAAACCUGACUGGAAACCACCUCCAGAGGCCACGUUGGUCCUGACGAAGGACAACUUCGAUGAUGUGGUCAACAAUGCUGACAUCAUUCUAGUGGAAUUCUAUGCACCCUGGUGUGGCCACUGUAAGAGACUCGCUCCUGAGUACGAGAAGGCUGCUAAGGAACUCAGAAAUCGCACUCCACCAAUCCCACUGGCUAAAGUUGAUGCAACCGUGGAGACGGAUAUUGCUUCCCGGUUUGACGUAUCUGGGUACCCAACACUUAAAAUCUUCAGGAAGGGCAAGGUGUUUGACUACAGCGGACCACGAGAGAAAUUUGGUAUUGUUGACUACAUGAGUGAGCAGGCAGGAACUCCAUCCAAGCAAGUUCAGACCCUGAAACAAAUUCAGGAACUGCUGAAAGAUGGAGAUGAUGCCUUGAUUGUUGGAGUAUUUUCCAGCGAAGAUGAUUCUGUGUAUCAGUUUUAUCAAGAAGCAUGUAAUAACCUGAGGGAUUAUUACAAGUUCCGGCACACGUUCAGCAGUGACAUCGCAAAAUUCCUCAAGGCCUCACCUGGACAGGUUGUCAUGCUCCAGCCCGAGAAGUUCAGGUCAAAAUACGAAGACUCGUCCUACUUCCUAACCAUUACUUUUGAUCACUUUUCUUCUCAGGAUUCCACAGCAACGUCUGAAUUUCAAGAUUUUGUCAAGAAACGCACACUACCAUUGGUAGGACACAGGAAACAGAGCAAUGAUGCGAUGCGGUAUACCCAGCGACCCCUGGUGGUGGUGUAUUAUGGUGUUGACUUCAGCUUUGACUAUAGAGUUGCUACUCAGUUUUGGAGGAGCAAAGUUCUGGAGGUGGCCAAGGACUUCCCUGAGUACACGUUUGCCAUUGCUGACGAAGAGGACUACGCCGAAGAGCUGCGGAGCCUUGGCCUGAGUGACAGUGGUGAGGAGGUGAACGUUGGCAUCCUCGCAGAGGGUGGAAAGAAAUAUGCGAUGGAACCAGAGGAGUUUGAUUCAGAAGUUCUUCGUGAAUUUGUUCUGGCCUUCAAAAAAGGCAAACUGAAGCCAGUCAUCAAAUCCCAGUCUGUUCCCAAGAGCAACAAGGGACCAGUGAAGGUUGUUGUUGGAAAAACCUUUGACGAAAUCGUCCUGGAUACAAAGACGGAUGUCCUAAUCGAGUUCUACGCCCCAUGGUGUGGCCACUGCAAAAAACUGGAGCCUGACUACCUGGCUCUUGGGAAGAAAUACAAAAAUGAGAAGAGUCUUGUGAUCGCCAAAAUGGAUGCGACUGCCAACGAUGUUCCGCAUGAUGGCUACAAAGUGGAAGGAUUUCCCACAAUAUACUUUGCCCCCAGCAACAAAAAACAACAGCCCAUCAAAUUUGCAGGUGGGGAAAGGGAUAUAGAGAGCUUAAGCAAAUUUGUGGAAGAACAUGCUACAAAAUUAUCACAGAAGAAGGAUGAACUCUAAGAGUUUUGAGAAACCACGAACUUGACACAUUCAAAUACAGAAAGUAAUCUGGAGUGGGUGAUGAAACAGACUCUAUACGUCUGAUUUUGAUUUUGUCGUAACUGUUGUUUCUGAAAACAGAUUCUUUCUCAUUCCAAAGCAUGCACUGUUAAUGGGGUGUGUCUUGUUUUGUUUUUUUGUUUUUUUUUCCAAAAAUCUUUUUAAAUAAAAAAUGGGGGAAAAAAUGGAAAUGAA